AUGAUGAAGAAAUUCACCCGCGCCUACUCUUCGGCGGCAACCACUUUGGGUUCAAACCCUAUCCCUCCCUCAAAGAUCCAGUAUAUUCCCACUUCUGGCAAAUACCCCAAGGGCUUCAUCGCCUCGGGCGUCUUGGCCGGCGUCAAACCUGGAAACACCAGCAAGCCCGACAUCGCCAUCGUCACAUCUGAUCGACCAUGCGCUGCUGCCGGAGUCUUCACAAAGAACAAGUUCCAGGCUGCUCCUGUGACGUACAGUAGGAAAUUGUUGCAGCAGAAGAAGAAUGCUGGUCUGCGAAGCGUCGUCGUCAAUUCGGGUAACGCAAAUGCUGUUACCGGCACCGGAGGUCUUGAAGAUGCUACCAGCAUGGCUCGCACUACCGACCAGAGGGUUGGCGAUGAGGAUUCUACUAUUGUGAUGAGUACUGGAGUUAUUGGCCAGAGGCUCCCAAUUCAGAAGAUUCUUGACAAGAUUCCCACGGCUGUUAGCAAGGCUGGUAGCUCUCACACCCACUGGCUUGAAUGCGCAAAGGCGAUCUGCACAACAGACACCUUCCCCAAGCUCAUGUCUCGAAGCUUUGAGCUUCCUUCUUCGCCAGGCGUCGAGUACCGCAUUGCUGGUAUGACCAAGGGUGCGGGCAUGAUUGCUCCCAACAUGGCGACUCUUCUCACCAUCCUGGCUACUGAUGCUCCUAUUUCCCCUGCUGUCAUGCCUAAUGUCCUUCGACAUGCAGUGGACCGAUCAUUUAACUCCAUCACCAUUGAUGGUGAUACUUCUACCAACGACACCGUCGCUCUCCUCGCCAACGGUGCAGCUGGUGGCAAGGAGGUUACUUCUGAGCAGUCUCCCGACUACGAAGCCUUCCAGAAGCUCUUGACGGAGUUCUCUGUCGACCUGGCCAAGUAUGUUGUCCGAGAUGGCGAGGGUGCCACCAAGUUUGUGACCAUCCGCGUCGUCGAUAGUGCAUCCGAGGAGGCAGCUCGCCAGAUUGGCCGAACUAUCGCUACGUCACCCCUCGUCAAGACCGCCCUCUACGGCAAGGAUGCCAACUGGGGCCGAGUUCUCUGCGCUACCGGUUACGCUCUUAUCUCUGCCCCAGGACAGCCAGUGAACGACGUUCCUGAGAUUACUCCCGAGCGAACCAACGUCUCUUUCAUUCCUACUGACGGCUCAGCUGAGUUGAAGCUGCUGGUUAAUGGUGAGCCUGAGCAGGUUGAUGAGACGCGAGCGGCUGAGAUCCUUGCCAUGGAGGAUCUUGAGAUCGUUGUCAGGCUCGGAACGGGUGAUAAGUCUGCUGUGCAUUAUACUUGUGAUUUCAGCCAUGACUAUCCCGUCUACCUACGAUUCAAAUUUACCAAAGCAAACACUUAUCCGGAACUCCUAACCUAUACUUUUGCUUUAGGCACUCAGAGUACCCUUGGUGCUGGGCACCUCACCCUCCUUUCCAGGUAUUCUUGUGGUGGCAGCCUUGACAGCGAUAGCAAGAGCCUUAAAAGCACUCUCAGCACGGUGGUGGUCGUUGUCACCGUGGAGGCAGUGAACGUGCAGUGUGACACGAGCACCCUGAGCAAAGCUUUGCAGACAGUGAGGAACCAUCUCAGUGCUGAGCUGGCCGAGCCACUCUCGCUUCAGACCAAGGUCAACAACGGCGUAGGGACGGUUGGAGAGAUCGAUGACGGCGCGAGAGAGGGCCUCGUCGAGAGGGGCGUAGGCAUAGCCGAAACGAGCGAGACCGGCGGGUGUACCGAGGGCCUGGGCAAAGGCGUAACCAAGCGCGAUGCAUACAUCUUCAGCAGUGUGGUGGUCGUCAACUAA